AUUCCUGUCACUCAAGGCGGUGGUGGUGAGGAGACUAAGGCCCUAUCCAAUCAGGGAUGCUCCAGUAUGAACUGUCCAAUCAGAUGCACAGCCAGAAAGAAGGAGGCGGCAACGGAAAUCAGGAGCAGCCUUUGUCCUUUGAGCUGGUCGCUAAUCCGGGGGUCCCCCCUUCAACUUUUGCAUCUCCAGGACCAUCCAGGUGUCUCUGCAGCAGCCUCUGUCACCCUGUGAGCUGCAGGUACUCGGAGAUCUGUAGGGAAGACACCGGGACAUCCCGGAAGCUGGGAAAUGGCACUGUUGACGUUCAAAGACGUGUCUAUAGAGUUCUCUAUGGAUGAGUGGGCCUGCCUGGACCCUGCUCAGCAGAAUUUGUACUGGGAUGUCAUGUUAGAGAACUACAGAAACCUGGUCUUCCUAGGUCUUACUCUCUCUAAGCCAGACCUCAUCACCUGUCUGGAGCAAAGGAAAGAACCCUGGAAGGUGAAGACACACCAGACAGUAGUCAAGCACCCAGCUGCAUCUAAUCGUUCUAGCCAAGACUAUUUGCAAGAGCUGGGAACAAAUAUUUUAUUCUCAGAGAAGAUCCUGAGAUCAUAUCAAAGGUGUGGCCCAGAAAAUUUUAACUCAAAAAAAGACUGGGAAAGUGUGGAUGAGUGUCAGCAGCAGAAAGGAUGUUCCAGUAAAUGUGACCAGUGUUUAACAGAUACGCAUAGCAAAAUUUUCCAAUGUAGAAAAUGUUUGAAAGUCUUCAGACAAUUUUCAAAUCUAAAUAGACAUAAGACAAUAUAUACAGUACGAAAAACUUUUAAAUGUGAAAAGUAUGGGAAAGCCUGUGUCCUAUGCUCACACAUUCCUGAACAUAAGAUAAUCCAUAUGGGAGAAAAACAGUACACAUGUAAAGAAGGCAGCAAAGUCUUCAAAUCUUGUUCAAGACUGUCUAAACAUAAGAGACUUCAUACUAUAGAGAAACUCUGCAGGUGUGAAAAUUAUGGUAAAUGUCUUAGCCAUAGAUCAAAAUAUUUUAACCAUACGAGUAUUAACACUGAAGGAAAACCCUACAACUGUAAAGAAUGUGAUAAACUUACCAACCAGUACUCACACCUUUCUGUACAUCAAAGAAUUCAAUGUGUAGAGAAACUCUACAAAUGUCAAGAAUGUGGAAAAGCCUUUAAAUAUUACUCACACCUUUCUAGCCAUAAAAAAAUUCAUUCUGGAGAGAAACCCUACAAAUGUCAAGAAUGUAGCAAAGCAUUUAAGCAUUACUCAAGCCUUUCUGUGCACCAGCGAAUUCAUUCUGGAGAGAAACCCUACAAAUGUCAAGAAUGUGGUAAAGCCUUUUACCGGAACUCACACCUUUCAAUCCAUAAAAGAAUUCAUUCUGGAGAGAAACCCUACAAAUGUCAAGAAUGUGGAAAAGCUUUUAAUUGUAGUUCCACCCUUACUGUACAUCAAAGAAUUCAUUCUGGUGAGAAACCCUACAAAUGUGAAGAAUGUGGCAAAGCCUUUAACCGAAACUCACACCUUUCUAGACAUAAGAGAAUUCAUUCUGGUGAGAAACCCUACAAAUGUCAAGAAUGUGGCAAAGCCUUUAAGGAUGACUCACACCUUUCUGUACAUAAAAGGAUUCAUUCUGGAGAGAAACCCUACAAAUGUCAAGAAUGUGGCAUUGCCUUUAUUAGGUAUUCAACACUUUCUGUACAUCAAAGGAUUCAUUCUGGAGAGAAACCCUACAAAUGUCAGGAAUGUGGCAAAGCUUUUAAUUGUAGUUCAGCUCUUACUAAGCAUCAAAGAAUUCAUUCUGGUGAGAAACCCUACAAAUGUCAAAAAUGUGGCAGAGCAUUUAAGCAUGACUCAAGUCUUACUGUACAUCAAAGAAUUCAUUCUGGAGAGAAACCCUACAAAUGUCAAGAAUGUGGCAGUGCCUUUAACCGGUACUCAACACUUUCUGUACAUCAAAGAAUUCAUUCUGGAGAGAAACCAUACAAAUGUCAGAAAUGUGACAAAGCUUUUAGCCGGUACACAAGCCUUUCUGUACAUCAAAGAAUUCAUUCUGGAGAGAAAGCCUACAAAGAAUGUGGCAAAGUCUUUAACCUUAAUUCAAACCUAACAAAUCAUCAAAUGAUUCAUUCUGGUGAGAAACCCUACAAAUGUCAACAAUGUGGCAAAACCUUUAAGCAUGAUUCAAACCUUUCUGUGCAUAGAAGAAUUCAUUCUGGAGAGAAACCGUUCAAAUGUGAAGAAUGUGGGAAAGCCUUUAACCAGUACUCAAACCUUUCUGUACAUAAAAGAAUUCAUUCUGGAGAGAAACCCUACAAAUGUCAACAAUGUGGCAAAGCCUUUAACCAGUACUCACACCUUUCUAGACAUCAACGAAUUCAUUCUGGAGAGAAACCCUACAAAUGUCAAGACUGUGGAAAAGCCUUUAAUUGUAGUUCAACCCUUACUGAACAUCAAGGAAUUCAUUCUGGAGAGAAACACUACUAAUGUCAAGAAUGUGGGAAAGCCUGUAACUGGAACCCAACCUUUUCUGUACAUAAAAGAAUUAAUUCUGUCUAGAAACCCUACAGAUGUCCAGAAUGUGGCCAAGCCUUUAAUCAGUACUCACACUUUUCUGUACAUCAAAGAAUUCAUUCUGGAAAGAAACCCUACAUAUGUCAACAAUUUGCAAAGCCUUUAAUCAGUAUGUGAACCUCUGGACAUAAAAUAAUUCAUUCUGGUGUGGCUCCUGUGGCUCAGUGAGUAGAGCGCCAGCCCCAUGUACCAAGGAUGAUGCGUUUGAACCCAGCCCCAGCCAAACUGCAACAAAAAAUAGCUGGGCAUUGCAGUGGGUGCCUAUAAUCCCAGCUACUUGGGAGGCAGAGGCAAGAGAAUCGCCUAAGCCCAAGAGCUCGAGGUUGCUGUGAGCUGUGACAUGGCACUCUACCAAGGGCAAAAAAGUGAGACUUUGUCUCAAAAAAACAAAAUAAUAAUAAUAAUUCAUUCUGAACAGUGUGACAAAACAUUCAACUCACAUCCAAACUUCACUGUACAUAAAAAAAAUCAUAUAAAAGAGAAAACCUCCAAAUAUGAAGAAAGUGGAAGAAUCUUUACCUGGUAUUGAUAACUUGCUUAGCAAAAAGGAAUUCACACUGGAGAAAAAUUCUUCAAAUGUGCACUGUGUGGCAGUGCCUUUAACUAGAACUCAAACCUUACUACACAUAAGAAAAUUAUACGGAAGAGAAAUCUUACAGAAGGGAAUAAUUUGGCAAAGGUUUAAACUGGUCUUGAGCCCUUGAGAAAUCAUACAAGAGAAACAGUGUAACAAUAUGAAGAUGUGGUAAAGUCUUAUGGAAAUAGUCACAUUUUCUGUACACAAUAGAAUUUAGGUUGAAGGGAAAUUCUACAAAUAUGAAGAACUCGACAAAUGUUUAACUUGUGCUCAAACCUUUUUAUAUAUGAAAAGUUUUUAACAGAGAAACUGUCUACAAAUGUGAAGAAAGUAUCAAAUCCUAUAACCACUACUCACACAUUUUAGUACAUAAGGGUAUUCAUAGAGAAAUAUUUCUCACACUUUUCUAAUCAUAAUUCAUGUGGAUGAAAUACUCUACAAAUGCCAAUCAUCUCUCAAAGCCUUAAUGUUGUGUUUAUACUGUUAGUUGGGCUAAGGAGAGAUGGGGCAGAUGAUACUAUGAGAUCCUUUGUCCAUAGUAUCAGGAAAAAAUUGAAUGGAGGGGGCUUCCUAGAAAGAAAAGCUGGCAUUUGAAGAAGACUUCUAAAAACUGAACUGAUGUUUGCUCUACAAAGAUGAGUCUCAGAGGUAGAGAGGCCACAAUGUGGAGACAUGGCUAAGACCACAAAAUGACGUUUUUGGAGAGUGCAUACAACUUACAUGACAGUAGGCUGAAGUGACCUAUUUUAAUUGACAUAGUACAAUUUACACUAGUUCUAUCACAUUGUACAAAAACAAUGAUAACUUCUGGAAAUCACCUUACAGGGAUAGAAAAUCAGAGGACUCUACAUUUUGGACGUUUGCCCACUCUCCAGGAAAAAUCAUAAUUUUUUUUUUUUUUUUUGGAGACAGAGUCUCACUUUGUUGCCCUCGGUAGAGUGCCAUGACGUCACAGCUCACAGCAACCUCCAGCUCUUGGGUUCAGGUGAUUCUCUUGCCUCAGCCUUCUGAGCAGCUGGGACUACAGGCAUCUGCCACAAAGCCUGGCUAUUUUUUGUUGCAGUUUGGCUGGGGCUAUGUUUGAAAUCGCCACCCUCGGUAUAUGGGGUCAGCUUCCUACUCAUUGAGCCACAGAUGCUGCCCCAUCAUGAAUAUUUAUACCUCCACACCAGUUAACACAGAAUUGGAAAAGCAGCAUAAAGGGGAAACAUCUUUCUAAAUCCAUGGUCUUCUUCACUUGAAAAUGUAGAUGUAUUCCUUCUCUGCAUCAUGUAGUCAUUUAAUGUUGAAAUUUCCAUACAUGUAUCUACUUAUUAUGCUCAUUUGUUCCACUGUCUAAGUACCAGUAACCAUUCUUUUGCACCUGGAACAGAAAAACAAGGAACACAAACCUGACAUCUGGUCCCCAUAUAUGACCUUAUGGUACCAAAACCUGGAAGAAAAAUAUACAUGUUCAGCAAGAUAAACUAAUGGUAGAAUAGAGAUUCAGAAUUCCCUCUGCCAGCUACAGAUUAUUUAUUAUGCCUAUAUCUCUCUCAAUGUCUUCACUUCCAGGUAAUGUAGCUCCUUACCUACCCCUGCCUCAUCUCCAUUUUUCUUCUUCAUCUGUGCAAUCCAUUUCAUCAUCCAGUUAGCCAUGAUAUUUAAAAGCUUAAAAAAUAUUCCACAAGCAGAAUGUUAAAUCAAAUUUAUUUAUUUAUUUAUUUAUUUAUUUAUUUUUAUUAUUAAAUCAUAGCUGUGUACAUUAAUGCAAUCGUGAGGGCACCAUACACUGGUUUUAUAGACCAUUUGACAUAUUUUCAUCACACUAGUUAACAUAGCCUUCCUGGCAUUUUCUUAGUUAUUGUGUUAAGACAUUUAUAUACUACAUUUACUAACUUUUCAUAUGUACUCUUGUAAGAGGCACCAUAGGUUUGAUCCCAUCAAUCACCCUCCCUCCGCCUAUCCUCUCACCCUCCGCCUUCCCCAUAUUCUUUUUUAUUUAUUUAUUUAUUUUAGAGACAGAGUUUCACUUUAUUGCCCUCGGUAGAGUGCUGUGGCAUCACACAGCUCACUCAA